GUUGAGGCUGCGACCAAAAUUACGACUGGCCUAAAAGAAUGCAAAAACGCACUCGCAACUACAAGCAUCAAAGAGCGUUGGUUCGCAUAUUUUUCGUAAGGCGAAGACGACGAGAAGCUAGAGAGGGCAAAUACAAGAGCAUCGCUAACUUGUAUCGCCCCAUGGUGCCCGGCUUCCUGCUGCAAAGAAAAAAUAACUUUUCGUCCUGCUAUAUCUUUGCUCACUUGACAAGAAGCCUGUGACUAUUUUCGCACAAAAAUAAAGAAAAAACACGGAACAAACUAAUGCGAAUCAUGACAUCCUCGAAAAAUCCUGCCCUUGUCCGCCCAGCGCGGCAAGGACGGCUGAAACUUCGAAAACGGAAACCAGAUUGAAUCUGAGGAUCAGCAGACCAGGCCACACCUACUUCAUCUCCCGCCACCGACGCGCGACUCGACGAUGGCCAUGAGCCUCACCGGCAAUCAAGGCAGCACUUCUGCCCCGCAUCUUUCCGGCGACCAGAAUUACGGCGCCACGACGACUUCCGUCAACAUGGGCGGUGCCAGCGAUGGAGGUAACGAUCACCAGGCAGGAGGUGAAAAUUCCUCAACGGACUACGUCAUCCCCGGUGAAAUCACGGUGAAACAGAAGGCCAUUCUCGCCGGGGCUCUGUUCAUGAAAGGCGGCCUGCUCGGGGCGUUCAUUCCUUUUGUCGCCUUGUGGACCCAUUUGCACGGCUACACCCCGACGCAGGUCGGUUUCAUGGCGGCUGCGGAUAUUUGCUUCAGCAUCCUGCUCGUGCCACUUUUUGGAGGGAUACUAGAUACCUGGAAGUGCCAUAAUUGGGGACUGGUAUAGUUUUUUCAUACAACUUCCAGUCUUUGAUGGCGUUGCAACAUGAUGUGAUGCCACAGCGCCUGCCCCGCGUGAUUUUGUUUGACACAACGCAAUACAAAACAAACACAAGAAAGGUUAUCGCCAUGUCCGCAACCGGCGCCCUCAAAUUCCUCUACAUCGUGUUUGCGGAUUCCUUUUGGAUGCUUCUGUUCCUGACCGCUUUGACUGCGCCGUGCCUGAAAGGGUGCAACUCAGUUCUCGACGCACAGUGCUUGUAUGCGUUCAAGGACAAGGCACAGUUUGGACAGGUAUAGUAUAAAGAAGUUCGCUGUAUAAUUCUGCAUCUGGAAAGAACUCCCCCCGAGAUUUUGGUUUUGCAAUGCUGUGAUAUAUGUAUUCUGCUCGGGCUCCGCUCCCCCCGAGAUUUUGGUUUUGCAAUGAUGUGACUAUCACAUUGCAGCAUCGAGGUCUUCGUCUUGUUGUAAAAAUAACUAAGCUAAACUCCAUUUGUAUCAGGUUCGUCUCUUCGGGAAUUUCGGGUUUGGGAUUCUCGCCGCCCUGACCGGCUUGUUCGUCGCCGCAGGCACUUCUGAAGCCGCCCCGUACGAACGAGUGGAUAAGGUUUUCGUCGCAUUCGCCGUGAUCUGCUUCGCAUCCAGCGUGUACUGGGCCAUCAUGCACAAAUACGUAAAAAACGUGACGCCCGACGCAGAUCGGUUGUUGCGGGAGCGCUCAAUCUACGCGGAGUUCAAAGCACUGGUGGCGCAAAUCUGGAACACCGAAGGCUGUCCAAGGUAUACUAGUAGAGACAGCACUAGUAAAAGGGUGUACAAGUACAACUUAGUAGUUUGAGAUUAUGGUUGUAGAACUGCAUCUCAGCGAAUGUUGCACCAGUCAAAAAUUUUCAUUUUGCGUACAGCGUACUACAGUCAUAGUCAACAUCAACUUGCAUAAGUUUAAAUUGUAUUUCACAAAACCUCACUUUCUCUCAGAGUCGUGUGCGCCCUGUUUAUUCUGGGUUGUCAGCUCGGCAUCAUCGGCGCUUACGAGUUCAUCAUGCUCUCUGAGCUCAACGCUGGCGUGGACUUCAUGGGCGCGUGCAGGCUGUUCGGCAUGAUCUUCGAGAUACCGGUGUGGAUUUACGGCAUGCAGUUGGUGGACCAGAUUUCGCUACCGAACGCGCAGAUUCUCUUCUUGUGUGUCAACUCCAUCAGACUGUACUGGUACGGCGUAUAUCAAAUGUAAAAAUGUCUGGGUCUGGAACAUUCUAAGUAAAACUUGUGAUGCUGUCUCUGGAUUCUGAAAAAAUUUGUAUUGCAUGACCAGCAAGAGGACUCCAGUUUGUGCUACGCGGAGAGGGUAUUUCUCAUGCUGUAGAGGUAUCGCAAAGCGCUCUAAAAAUCUGUGAUGCUACGGCAUGCAUCACAGACAUCAUGGGUCAUGGAAAAUAUGCAUGACAAAUCCAGAAAUCUCCCAGACCCAGACAUUUUUGCAUUCCAUAGCGUACUGACGCAACCCAUGGAGGCGAUGUACGCCGAGGUAAUGGUAUCCUGAGUAAAAACAUCCCCACACCAGAGUCAAGAUGGGGAUUUUGCAACACACACCUAGAACUUUUGGGGGUCACGCAUCACAAGUUGCAGUCCGUAGUGCAGUGCAGGUGCGCAAGGCCAGCUGCAUCAGAAAUCCAUCUGCUCAUCCUGUUUACAGCAUUACAAAUUCCAAAACACGACUAAAAAUGCCUUUCCUGGCGAUGCGCAUUACAAAUGUUCCUGUCCUUGCAAAUCUGCAUGACAACUCUGGUGUGGGGACGUUUUUACUCAGGAUAAAUGGCGGGAUUUUCCUUCGCGUUUCCGUACCUCUCGAUAACCGUCUACAUCGGGAGGCAGUUCGCGGAAGGUCGGAAAGCGUCCAUGCAGUCGAUAUUGCACUCCACCUUUACGGGUCUCGGGACCGGCAUGGGAUCCGUCCUCGGCGGCUUCCUCAUCGACGCGGCGUUUGGUGGAAACAUCCAGGCGCUCUUUCGCUACUUCGCGGGCGCGACUUUUCUCAUCGCGAUCGUGUUCGGGUUCUACGACAAUUUGCACGCUAUAGUAGCGGAGUUCACGGCGAAAGCAGCCGUAGUGCAGCAGUCGAUAAAUUCCAGUCGGGGUGGCACCGCGUCAGCUACAACUGGUGGUGCGACGGGCGGGCAGCCGGUCGCGAGUCCGGAUGUGGGGACGAAAAAUAAAGGAUUUUUGGACGGACCGGCCGUGAAGACUCCCUCGGCAUCUUUCUCCAGAGGAGACACGGAAGAGAGGACUACCCUCGCAUCCGCUUCCACUGGGGCAAUCAUGGAUGACGGGCUAGAUCCGAGUGCGAUUUCGCUCAGUGUGGAGCAUCCUAGCGCGGGUGGGAGGAGCGCGUCGACUGGACCGAAUGCGGUGUGAUCAAACUUGUUGGAGAAGAUUGAUCAAACUUGAGCUUCGCCCCACUCGCCGAGGACACAAACAGCAGGAAAGGUUGUCUUGCUUUCGCCAAAAGCUGCAAACUUUCCCUGGGCUAGCACGCGCCGCGCUUGCAGAAUUCAUUCGCAGAACUUCAACUUUCGCAUCCUCCCUCGCGGUCAUGAGCAUGAUGCAGCAGCUGAGCUCUGUGCAGAAAUCUUCAAUCGCAGCCGAUGAAGCUCCUGUGCUGUUGACCAGCGCUCUUAAUUAAGCACCAACGCGAACUUUUUUUGUAGCACACCCGCAAGCUGUCGUGGCAGAGCGACGAGCAAGUGCUACUUACUCACGACGACGUCCCUGAACCAAGUUGCUGGUGGUGAAGAAAGAAACAGACACUGAACGGCUCGUCCGUCGUGGUAAUCACGACGACGAUGCCUCAUGCUAGUAGAACUCGUACUGGUACUGCCUCUGCCACUCAUUAUCGAGAGAGCACGAACGGUGAAAACACGCGAUGUCUCACGACCGCGAGUCAAGACAACUCAAUAAAUCACGAUUUUUUUGUAAAAAAAGAUAAAGCACGCCAAAAGCACGUGGAGGCACACAACUGCAGCCGCAUGUCCACUCG